AUGCCGGAGGUGUGGCGGCGGUUCCAUGAGGGAUUGCCCAAGGUGGUGGAUGCGGAGGGGCAUGAGAACAUGUGGAAAUUCCCCAUCUGGGUCGCCCUGGCCGUCAACAUGUACGUUGUGCGCGCGGUACCAAUGGUGGUGGAGAACGGAUCCAUGUACACUCCCAACAGACACCCCUCGUGGUUCAAGGUGAGGGCUCUGCACCCGAGCCUGUCAACUCCGCCAGUGUGCCUAUCAGACCUGCCAGUGUGCCCAUCAGACCUACCAGUGUGCCCAUCACACCUGCCAGUGUGCCCAUCAGACCUGCCAGUGUGCCCAUCACACCUGCCAGUGUGCCCAUCACACCUGCCAGUGUGCCCAUCACACCUGCCAGAGUGCCCAUCAGACCUGCCAGUGUGCCCAUCAGACCUGCCAGUGUGCCCAUCAGACCUGCAAUUGUGCCCAUCAGACCUUCCAGUGUGCCCAUCAGACCUGCCAGUGUGCCCAUCAGACCUGCCAGUGUGCCCAUCAGACCUGCUAGUGUGCCCAUCAGACCUGCCAGUGUGCCCAUCAGACCUGCCAGUGUGCCCAUCACACCUGCCAAUGUGCCCAUCAGACCUACCAGUGUGCCCAUCAGACCUGCCAGUGUGCCCAUCAGACCUGCCAGUGUGCCCAUCAGACCUGCCAGUGUGCCCGUCAGACCUGCCAGUGUGCCCGUCAGACCUGCCAGUGUUCCCAUCAGACCUGCCAGUGUGCCCAUCAGACCUGCCAGUGUGCCCGUCAGACCUGCCUGUGUGCCCAUCAGACCUGCCAGUGUGCCCGUCAGACCUGCCAGUGUGCCCAUCAGACCUGCCAGUGUGCCCUUCAGACCUGCCAGUGUGCGCGUCAGACCUGCCAGUGUGCCCAUUAGACCUGCCAGUGUGCCUGUCAGACCUGCCAGUGUGCCCGUCAGGCCUGCCAGUGUGCCCAUCAGACCUGCAAGUGUGCCCGUCAGACCUGCCAGUGUGCCCGUCAGACCUGCUAGUGUGCCCAUCAGACCUGCCAGUGUGCCCAUCAGACCUGCCAGUGUGCAGGACCCCGCCUCUGCAGCUCCCACUGCCCACUGUGCUACAGCCGGAAGGGCGUGUGCAUGUUAGAAGCAUGAUUUAUAAUUGGCAUUCUUGUGCCUGUACCAACCCUGUGUAUCCCACUUAUGUCCGACCCACUCCCUCUUCUCUGUGCCCCUUCCCCGACUGCUUUGACUGGCUGCUGAGGGACAAUCUCACCAACACUCUGGAGGGGCAGGUGUGGAUCCCACAGGACCCCGCGCUGCUGCUACAACCGCCCACCGCGCUACAGCCGCCCACCGCGCUACAGCCGCCCGUGGCUCUGAUACCACGGAACGGCAACUCAAGAGGGGGGUUUGAUGGGGAUGCAGGGACGCUGUUCCGAGAGGAGACGGGGUACAUCAAUGCGGGUGUGAUGCUCUGGCGGCGGUCGCCCGAUAGCUUCAAGUUCACUUGGGAGUGGUACAACGUACCGAGGGACAACUACCACCUGCACAACCACGUGUGGGAGCAGGCCAACCUCAACACGGUGGCACGGCAGCAAGAGUGGAGGGAGAGGGUGAUCGUGUUGCCGUAUCGGGAGCUCACAGGGCCCCACGGCGCCAUGGUGCACCAUGUGUGGGGCGGAGCGGCGUGUCACGAGGUGGUGUUCCAGGCCUUGGAAGAGGCACUGGGGGGCCUGCAGUAA